AUGAACGACGGCUUAAUCCUACCAACUUCGUCUUCUCCCACCACAUCAGAAUACGUCUCUACUAGUCUACCUGACGCUCCUUUUCGUAGAUACGCUUCCGUUAUUGCUUCUUCAACUUCACCCUCCUUGCGAUCAAAUAAAUCUCUGAGAGCAUCCACUUUGGGCAAAUCUUCAACUAAAUCAGUACCUCUUAAAGAGUUCCAUUUAUAUCGUUCACAAAACGUUAUCGGUACGGAUAACGAUAACGAGAGAGGCACUGUUUAUCGUACAGGCGCCACAGAUCACUCUGUCUUCUACCAUGUGCCAGGCCAUCCUAACCACCAGAAAGCUUCUUUGGCAGAAAAGAUCAAUGAAGUUUUCCCUUUCAGAGUUGGGUUGGGCCAUACCUCAUCUAGUGACUCCAGUGGCACCACCAUUGAGAUCUCAUUGAUAGACCCAGACGCCUGUAAAAAGGCUAUUUCUGCUCCUAUCACUAUUAAUGGACAAUCAUUUUAUACUUCACCAGCUGUACACCCUGAUCAGGCCUUACUCGAAGUUAACCUUUCCAAGCUACCCAUUUGGCAACUAGACAAACUUUGUCGCAGUCUUCUGAACAAUUUCUUUCGCUAUGGUGUUGUUCGUGAAAUGUCCAUCUACUUAGAUGAUUGGUCAGGCUGCUGGUUCAUUGACAAUAGGCAUCUGUAUAUAGAAAGGCGCAAUUACGCCACUAAGCAAUAUGAAACACUCACGUAUAAGAUCGACCUAGAAGGCGGCAGUACCUUCUGUCUUGGUACAUGGUCCAAGAUGGAACCAAUUGCCUCAACUGAGGUCAUCUCUGAGGCUGAGAAUGUCGACACGCCUACUGUCCAAGUCGACGCGGCAUUUGACACCAUCGUGCAGGUUGAGGUUCCUGAAGUUCUGGAGAUUCAUGAAGCUUUUGCAACAUCAGUUCCUUCUCAUCUAUUACUGUUGAUUCCACGCCUUUACAAGGCGAACCAAACAAUAUAA